AUGUUUAAUUCAGCUAAACAUUAUGAAAUCGGAAAAGGAACAGAAAAGAAUUUAGAAAAAGCCUUUUAUUGGUACCAAAAAACAGCAGAGAAUGGUGUUAAAGAAGCAAUGUUUAAUUUAGCUGCAUUUUAUGAAAAUGGAAAAGGGACAGAAAAGAAUUUUGAAAAAGCCUUUUAUUGGUAUCAAAAAGCAGCAGAACAAGGUGAUAUUAUAGCAAUAUAUAAUUUAGCUAUAUUUUAUAAAAAUGGAGAAGGAACAGAAAAGAAUUUAGAAAAAGCAUUUCAUUGGUUUCAUAAAGUAGCAGAAAAUGAUAUAAAAGAAGCAAUGUUUAAUUUAGCUGUAUGCUAUGAAAAUGGAGAGGGAACAGAAAAGAAUUUAGAAAAAGCAUUUUAUUGGUAUCAGAAAACAGCAGAAAAAGAUGAUAUUGAUGCAAUAAUUGAAUUAGCUAUAUCAAAUAAAUAUAGAGAUGGAGAAGGAACAGAAAAGAAUUUAGAAAAAGCCUUUUAUUGGUAUCAAAAAGCAGCAGAAAAAGGUGAUAUUAGUGCAAUGUUUAAUUUAGCUAUGAUAUUUUAUGAAAGUGGAAAAGAAACAGAAAAGAAUUUUGAAAAAGCAUUUCAUUGGAACGGAAAAGAAUUUAGAAAAAGCUUUUUAUUGUAUCAAAAAGCAGCAGAAAAUGAUGAUGAAAUAGCAUUGUUUAAUUUAGCUAUAUGUUAUGAAAAUGGAGAAGGAACAGAAAAGAAUUUAGAAAAAGCAUUUCAUUGUUACCAGAAAGCAGCAGAAAAAGAUCAUAUUAAAGCAAUGUUCUAUUUAGCAGUAUGUUAUGAAAAUGGAGAAGGUACAGAAAAGAAUUUAGAAAAGGCCUUUUAUUGGUAUCAAAAAGCAGCAGAAAAUGGUAAUAAAGAAGCAAUGCUUAGUUUAGCAAAUAAGUAUGAAAAUGAAAAUGGAACAGAAAAGAAUUUAGAAAAAGCUUUUUAUUGGCAUCAAAAAAUAGCAGUAAGUAAUGAAAUUAGUUUUGAAAAUGAAGUUGUACUGUAUUUUUCACAGUGGACUAGUAAAAAUGAAUUUAUUAAGAAAUUUAUUCAAGAAGCACAACUCAGUGCUAAAAAUAUUUAUGAAAUUUUAGAAUGGAUACCUUACAAUAAAUUAUCGAGUGUUAAUUAUUAUGAUAAAGGGGGAUUUAGUGAAAUUCAUAAGGCUAUCUGGUCAGAUGGACCUAUUUUUGGUUGGAAUUCUGACAAACAACAAUGGAAUAGACAAACAAAUUAUAAUGUUAUUCUUAAAAUACUUAAUAAUUCAUCAAGUUUAGAUAGUAAAUUUUUGGACGAGUGGAAAUAUCAUUAUAAUUGUCAGAAAAAAUCAUUUUCAAAAUUUAUUCAAUUUUUUGGAUUUACUCAAGAUCCAAAUAAUUUAAAUUAUAUAAUAGUAAUGAGUUAUGCAAAAAAAGGAAGUUUGAGAAAAUGUUUAUCUGAUAUAAUUAAAUUUAAAUGGCAAGACAAGUUACAAUUAUUGAAAGAAAUUAUCUUGGGACUUAAAGUAAUCCAUGAAUCAAAUUUAACUCAUGGUGAUUUUCAUGAUGGUAACAUUUUAAUUUCGGAUAAUCACAAUGAAAUUUUUAUUAUUGAUUUAGGAUUAUGUAAACCUAUAAGUGAUUUUCAAGAUUCUGAUAAUAAUGAAAUAUAUGGCGUUUUACCUUAUAUGGAUCCUGAAAUAUUAAGAAAUAAACCUUAUACUCCAGCAAGUGAUAUUUAUAGUUUUUCAAUGGUAAUGUGGGAAUUUACAUCAGGCAUUCCUCCAUUUAAUCGUGAAGCACAUGAUCGAGAUCUGAUCUUGAAUAUUUGUGAAGGAAAACGUCCUGUAAUUGUAAAAAAUACUCCAAAAUGUUAUAUAGACUUAAUGAAAAAAUGUUGGGAUUCAAAUCCUUCCAAUAGACCAACUAUGAUAAUGCUUGAACAUAUUAUAUCUGAAUGGAUUAGAUGUGUUGAUAAAUAUUAUGAAAUUAACAAAAAUGAUAUGUUAGAAUUUGUAGAAGCAAACAAAGCUUUAGUACAAGAACAAGCAAAUACUUCUAAUAAUAAAAUUGAUAAUCAAUUAGAAAAUGAUAUGUUGGAAACUUCAGUACAAGAACAAGCGAAUACUUCCAUUAUACAAUCUCAUUCACAGGCAUAUUAUACAAGUCGAAAACUUACUGAAAUUUUAUUACAAGAUAAGUCUGAAUGUUGGGAAUGUUAA